CUGGGCGGUGUCCGCCCGGCCCUGCCCCCGCGCCGCCAACCUGACGGCUGCAGGAUGUGGCCGCUCGGUGACGUCAGGCCCAGAUGUUCCCCCCAGGCCACGCCCCGCGGGGCUCCGGGCCGCUCCGAGCCGCGAUAACGGGCAGAGCUGAUCCCGCUGUCACCGCGCCAUGCACCCAACGGGGAACGAGCGUCGGUAUCGUGUGACAUGCUCGAAAAUCCAGCGUUAAUUCACGCUCCAAGCAACAGGCUGCCGGGAUCUAUCUGCUCAUCUUUUCCCUCUUUCAUUGGACUUCAGCGCUUUUCUGAUCGAGAGACAAGCUGGGCGUGAUCGUCACGAGCAGAGCGCGCUUCUGAUGGCUGCGGGAGCAGGCUGGACUUGGGAGAGAGCUUCAGAAAUAAGGAACGGGCUGCUUGCGUAACCUUUGUGUUUGUCUGUUUGUUUUAAAGAAGGAAAAGUGCUUUUUUCUCACCUCUUCACUUUGGAUUUCUUUUUGAACUUAUGAAAAAUGGCAACGGCAGCAUACGUGGAUCAUUUUGCAGCAGAAUGCCUUGUUUCUAUGUCCAGUCGUGCUAUUAUCCAUAGUCCCAAAGGGGAGACCGAGCCUCAGCCUGAUGCCACAACGCGUCCUUCGUCGAAUGGAGAAGAGAAGUGGGAAGUCAGAGAGACCGGGAAGGACAAUGGAUCGUCGCUGAUGGUGGUAGCCAGCAUUUUAGCAGAUCUGAACCAGCACGUCCCAAACUCACCCGCUCUCAAAAGGGAAAAAACAGAGACCUUCGAUAUCACAGAAAAAAUACACAUUUCUAUCGCUCCUAAGGAGUUUGGGGAAGAAAGUGUGUCUUCGGCUAGUAAGCGUGGAGGAGGAAAAGCAACCACACCUACUAGCCUGGCUGCAGUAACUGAGCCAAGCCCAAGACAAAAGAACAAACGCGGGAGAAGCUGGACUGACCCUGGAUCACCCCAGAAAAAGCACAAAUGCCACUAUGUGGGGUGUGAAAAAGUUUAUGGCAAAUCUUCCCACCUUAAAGCUCACCUAAGGACCCACACAGGUUAGUUGCAACCCAGCCGGAGAUUUAAUUGUUACAGCUUGGUAAUUAAAUGAGUGUUGAAAAACAAACAAACAAAAAAACAAACCCAAAACCGAACCUGUAUUUGGCCACCAUUACGUUUUCACUUUUCAGUACUCAAGCUUGGAAAAACCUACCAAAAAAAAAAACCAAAAAAAACCCAAACAAGCAAACAAAAUGUCCUCUGGGAAUAAGCCCUUACAGGGCAGUGGUUCAAAGCUAUGCUGCCCUUUUUAUUACUUAAUAUCACAGGGUACGGAGCAUUUGUCGUCUGUGUGGAUCCUACCAAGCUGUAAUUUUUAGCUGCUAGCCGCUUUCUUCGGUGCAUCUUCUACUUCCCUUUCCAAUGCUUCUUACCCUCCCCCACCUACUUUUUCCUGCCCUGUUUUUCCAUCGCUGCCUUUAUACCUGUUUAUUGCUUCCCAUACAAGCAUCAAUACCCUUAAUUCUUUAAAAUUAAAUGUUCUAGAGGCACCCAAA